CGGCGCUGUCCGCCGGGUUCGUCCGCCGGGCUCGUUCCCCGCCGCGGCCGCGCUGUCCGGUCCGCGCUUCGGCGAGGUAGUCGAGCAGCAUGGCGGUGGAGGAAGAGGGUCUGCGGGUCUUCCAGAGCGUGAGGAUCAAGAUCGGUGAAGCCAAGAAUCUUCCCUCCUACCCUGGGCCAAACAAGAUGAGGGACUGCUACUGCACCGUAAAUCUGGAUCAGGAGGAGGUUUUCCGGACCAAAAUUGUGGAGAAGUCACUCUGCCCCUUUUAUGGAGAAGACUUUUACUGUGAAAUCCCUCGGAGUUUUCGUCACCUGUCAUUUUACAUUUUCGAUAGAGAUGUUUUCCGGAGGGAUUCCAUCAUAGGCAAAGUGGCCAUUCAAAAGGAGGAUCUACAGAAGUACCACAACAGGGACACAUGGUUCCAGUUGCAGCAUGUGGAUGCCGACUCAGAGGUGCAGGGCAAAGUCCACCUUGAACUGAGGCUGAGUGAGGUCAUUACAGACACUGGUGUUGUCUGCCACAAGCUCGCUGCACGCAUUCUUGAGUGCCAAGGCCUCCCCAUUGUGAAUGGGCAGUGUGACCCCUAUGCCACAGUGACACUGGCUGGACCCUUCAGGUCUGAAGCCAAGAAGACAAAAGUGAAGAAGAAAACCAACAAUCCUCAGUUUGAUGAGGUGUUUUAUUUUGAGGUGACCAGACCCUGUAGCUACAGCAAAAAGUCCCACUUUGACUUUGAGGAGGAAGAUGUGGACAAACUUGAGAUUCGAGUUGACCUCUGGAAUGCCAGCAAUUUGAAGUUUGGAGAUGAGUUUUUGGGGGAGCUGAGAAUCCCACUGAAAGUUCUACGACAAUCCAGCUCCUAUGAGGCCUGGUACUUCCUGCAGCCCCGGGACAAUGGUAAUAAGACCCUGAAGCCUGAUGACUUGGGGUCUCUGAGGCUGAAUGUAGUUUACACUGAAGAUCAUGUCUUCUCCUCGGAGUACUACAGCCCCUUGAGGGACCUGCUAUUGAAGUCUGCAGAUGUGGAGCCUGUCUCAGCCUCAGCAGCUCACAUUCUGGGUGAGGUGUGCAGAGAAAAGCAAGAGGCGGCCAUCCCAUUGGUGAGGCUCCUGCUGCACUAUGGCAGGGUGGUGCCCUUCAUCAGCGCUAUUGCCAGUGCGGAGGUGAAGAGGACCCAGGACCCCAACACCAUCUUUCGAGGAAACUCACUGACAUCCAAGUGCAUAGAUGAGACAAUGAAGCUGGCAGGCAUGCACUACCUCCACGUAACCCUGAAGCCAACCAUUGAGGAGAUAUGCCAGAGCCAUAGGUCCUGUGAAAUAGACCCUGUGAAAUUGAAAGAUGGAGAAAACCUUGAAAACAAUAUGGAGAACCUGCGGCAGUAUGUGGACCGUAUCUUCACUGUCAUCACCAAAUCCGGAGUGAGCUGCCCAACAGUCAUGUGUGACAUCUUCUUCUCCCUGAGGGAGGCAGCUGCCAAGCGCUUCCAAGAUGACCUGGAUGUGAGGUACACUGCUGUGAGCAGCUUCAUCUUCCUGAGGUUCUUUGCUCCUGCCAUUCUUUCCCCCAACCUCUUCCAGCUGACACCUCAUCACACAGAUCCACAGACUUCCAGAACCCUGACCCUUAUCUCAAAAACAAUCCAAACUCUUGGCAGCUUGUCCAAGUCCAAGUCUGCCAGUUUUAAGGAGUCUUACAUGGCGACAUUCUAUGAAUUCUUCAAUGAGCAGAAGUAUGCUGAUGCUGUAAAAAACUUCCUGGAUUUGAUCUCAUCUUCAGGGAGAAGAGACCCCAAGAGCGUAGAACAGCCUAUCCUGCUUAAAGAAGGGUUCAUGAUUAAGAGAGCACAAGGAAGGAAACGCUUUGGGAUGAAGAAUUUCAAGAAGAGGUGGUUUCGCCUUACUAACCAUGAAUUCACAUACCAGAAAAGCAAAGGUGACCAGCCCCUCUGCAGUAUUCCUAUUGAGAACAUCCUGGCUGUGGAGCGACUGGAGGAGGAGUCCUUCCGAAUGAAAAAUAUGUUCCAGGUCAUCCAGCCAGAGCGUGCACUAUACAUCCAGGCCAACAACUGCGUAGAGGCCAAGGACUGGAUCGAUAUCCUCACCAAAGUGAGCCAGUGCAACCAGAAGCGCCUCACUGUCUACCACCCAUCUGCCUAUCUGAAUGGUCACUGGUUGUGCUGCAAGGCCUCCUCAGACACUGCCACGGGCUGCACGCCCUGCACCGGUGGCCUCCCGGCUAACAUCCAGCUGGACAUUGAUGGGGACCGCGAAACAGAGCGUAUCUAUUCUCUCUUCAACCUGUACAUGGGCAAAUUGGAGAAGAUGCAGGAGGCCUGUGGCAGCAAGUCUGUGUAUGAUGGUCCCGAGCAGGAAGAAUACUCAACGUUCAUCAUCGACGACCCCCAGGAGACCUACAAGACGCUGAAGCAGGUCAUCGCUGGGGUGGGGACCCUUGAGCAGGAACAUGCGCAGUACAGGAGGGACAAAUUCAAGAAGACAAGAUACGGGAGCCAGGAACACCCCAUUGGAGACAAGAGCUUCCAGAACUACAUCAGGCAGCAGUCUGAGAUCUCCACACAUUCCAUUUAAAGUUGUAGCGUAUCUCAGGACAGCGCCAACAAGCCACACCAGGAAAUCCGCAACAUUUGGAAGCAGAGAAGAGGAUGGAACACAUACAUAGUGGAGGUUUUGUGUUUUCCAGCUCAUGCAGUCCCACCCAGCCGUUGGGGCCACUUCAAGCCACUGUUCCCUACAGGAACUGUUGUUGCCCAGCUGUGCAUUCUCCUUGCCUCCCAGAGCAGGUGGUCUGAGCUGUUCUGGAACAUUUGGUCAUUUGUCUUUUUACUCACUUUGGUUUCAUGGGGAUCCAGGAAUCCAUUGAAUAUUCGAAAAGUGUAUACUUUCUCGAAAUUCAUUCCUAGGUGGCCCGGUCCUUCCUCAGGGAGCCAUGGCCAGUCCAAUCAUGGCAAUGCAUGCCUUCUGCAAAGUGCUCACUGUCUCUUGUGCUUCGCACGCUGGUGUCUGUAGCUCUAUACACAUGUAGCCUUCUAGUCCCAGCCCCAGACACUCUGCUUUAUUCCUAUUUGGGAUGUUAUAAGCAGUGUUUUCUCAGCACCCUCUCUGUUCAGCUUGUAUUGAUUUUGUUCCUGGCUAAAGGGUUAGAAGCUGGGCUGGGCAGACUGAUACAGAAUACCCUUGGUAUUUUUAGCAUGGGAAUCCUUUUGCAGAGUACCUGGGGAAGGAGAGCCAUUGUUCCAGUCUUUCCUGGAACAACAACUGCUAGCCCCCAGUUUAAGUAUAUAUCUGGCUUCUAGAAGGUAUUUGAAAUUAGAAUCUACAUGCUUGCCACUUCUGCGGAAGUUUGGGAAAGAUUUUUUAAAUGUGCAUUUUUUUCAAGCUGUUUUUCUUAAUGUUUUUAAAGGACUGUUUUUAACUAGCUCUUUGAUAUGAGGUAAUUCGAAACAUCAAAGCCCAUCAUGUUAAAAGGGAGGCCACAAAGGGCAAAUCCAAAGGGAACAAUAUUUGUUUCUCAUAAAGCCAACCAAGGGUCCUCAGGGAAGAGGGGAGAGCCCCAGGUUGGAGGCUGCACCUUCAGGGAUGCAAAGGCCAAGGGUAGUGUUUUGCCUGCUGUAUCUCCAUGAACCUUAGAAGUUGGGCAGGGCAAUAUCUGGGGCCACUUUGGAUCAGGGUGGGAGGGUAUUGAAAUGGGCAAGACAGGCUGCUUCAGCUUUGCCCUAUACUGCUAUCAGAGCCUUGUCCUGAACAGUGUCUCCACAGGCUAAGGAAGAAGGUGCUCAGCAAGCAGGCAUUGCUGAAGGACACAGGAUGCACCUUGGUACUAGUCUCUCUGUUCUUGGUGGGAAGUACCACAUUGACUCUUCAAUUAAAAGAACAAGUGACAACAGCCGUGGUUGUCACAGUAGUAGAAGAAAGUACAAAAAGUAAAGCUAUGGACAUAGCAAUCAGACUGCACUGAACUUGAGUUUUUAACACGGAUUUGUAACUUAAUGUUUCUGUUUAUAAAGUACUAAUGAUUUGCAAUGUAUUUUACUGGUCAAUUAAAACAGAUGCUUUAUUCUUUCUGA